AGAUGAUGAGGAGUCUGAAGAUGAUGUUACUGCUAAAACUCAUCACUGCUGUGUAUCAUACAUCUGUUGCACAAAAAGACAUAAAUGUGAAGUUAGCCGGUGGUCACAGUCGCUGUGCUGGUAGAGUGGAGGUUCUUCACAGAGGUCAGUGGGGAACAGUGUGUGAUAAUAGCUGGGAUAUGACCGAUGCUGCAGUGGUGUGUAGAGAGCUGGACUGUGGAGAACCUGUAGAUGCUCUGGGUGAUGCUCAUUUUGGACCGGGAUCAGGACCAGUCUGGAUGAGUUAUGUCAUGUGUACUGGAUCAGAAUCUACACUGAAGAAUUGUGGCUCAACAGGUUGGGGUAAAACGAGCUGUGAUCACUAUAAAGAUGCUGGAGUCAGAUGCUCAGACAGUGUGAAUGUGAGAUUGGUAAAUGGUUCCAGUCGUUGUGCUGGUAGAGUGGAGGUUCUUCACAGAGGUCAGUGGGGAACAGUGUGUGAUGAAGACUGGGAUAUGACUGAUGCUGCAGUGGUGUGUCGAGAGCUGGACUGUGGAGAACCUGUAGAUUCUCUGGGUGAUGCUCAUUUUGGACAAGGAUCAGGACCAAUCUGGAUGAGCAAUGUUUUAUGUACUGGAACAGAGUCCACAUUGAAGAAGUGUGGCUCGACAGGAUGGAAUAAAAAUUACUGUGAUCAUACUGGGGAUGCUGGAGUCAUCUGCUCAGAUUCAAUGAAUGUGCGGGUUGGUGGUGGUAACAGUCGUUGUGCUGGUAGAGUGGAGGUUCUUCACAGAGGUCAGUGGGGAACAGUGUGUGAUGAUGACUGGGAUUUGGCUGAUGCUGCAGUGGUGUGUAGAGAGCUGGACUGUGGAGAACCUGUAGAUGCUCUGAGUGAUGCUCAUUUUGGACCAGGAUCAGGACCGAUCUGGAUGAGUGCUUUGUGUUCUGGAAUGGAAUCUACAUUGAAGAACUGUAGAUCAGCAGGAUGGGGAACGCACACAUGUACUCAUAAUAGUGAUGCUGGAGUCAUCUGCUCAGAUCAUAAACAUUCCAGACUUAUUGAUGGACCUCACCUGUGCUCUGGAAGAAUAGAGUUGAAUCAUGGGAACACAUGGUACACAGUGUGUGAUGCUGUCUUUGACCAGCAGGAUGCAGAGGUUGUGUGUAGAGAGCUGGACUGUGGGGCUCCUGUACAGGUGCUGGGAGCAGCUGCUUUUGACAAAGGAGACACUCAGAUGUGGACACAAGAGAUUCAGUGUAGAGGAAAUGAGUCUUAUAUUUCUUUCUGUCCAACAUCAUCUUUUAAACACAACUGUACCAAUGAGAAUGCCAUUGGGCUGUUAUGUUCUGGUCACACCGAUCUCAGACUGGUAAACGGACAAGACUCCUGUUCUGGUCGAGUUGAACAUCAGUAUCUCAGUAAAUGGGGCACAGUGUGUGAUGCAUGCUGGGAUAUGAGAGCUGCCAGUGUCCUCUGUAGACAGCUGAAUUGUGGGAUUGCUGUGACUGUUGUGGGAUCAGACUGGUUUGGAGAGGGAAGUGGUGAAAUCUGGGCUGAUGUGUUUGAUUGUGACGGGAAUGAAACAAAACUCUCAGAAUGUUCCAUCUCUUCAUGGAGUCGGGCUGAAUGUUCUCACAGACGAGAUGUUGGAGUCAUCUGCUCUAAUUCCUCUCUGGCUCUUCAUGAUGGUAUGCAGUGCUCUGGGAGUGAAGCUCAUCUGGGGAACUGCAGCUUUCCACAAACUCUCAACUGCAGCUCCACACAACAACUGUACAUCACCUGCCUUGGUCGAGGGUCCAUCAGGCUGGUAGGUUCUGGGGGAGACUGUGCAGGGAGGCUGGAGGUUUUUCACAGCGGCUCAUGGGGGACAGUGUGUGAUGACUCCUGGGAUAUUAAAGAUGCCCAUGUGGUGUGCAGACAGCUGCAGUGUGGAGUGGCCCUCAGUAACCAGCAGGUACCAGCCUGGUUUGGUCCUGGUUCUGGACACAUAUGGCUGGAUGAGGUGGAGUGUGAGGGGAAUGAGACGUCCCUUGGGAGCUGCUCUUCUUCAGGCUGGGGAAAACAUGACUGUAAUCAUAAGGAGGAUGUAGGAGUCGUGUGCUCAGAGUUUAAAGAGAUCAGGUUAACUGAGGGCUGUGAAGGGAAUGUGGAGGUCUUCUACAAUGGUUCCUGGGGAAAUGUGUGUUACAACCAGAUGAACAGAGACACAGUGAGUCUGAUCUGUCAAGAGCUAAACUGUGGAAGAUCUGGGAGUGAACCCGGUUAUUCAGAGGGACUGAAGCCUCGUAACUGGCUGGAUUAUUUUAAAUGUCGACGACAUGAUUCCACUUUAUGGCAGUGUCCAUCUUCACCCUGGGGACAGACUAAUUGUGAUAACGAAGUGGCCAAAAUCACUUGCUCAGAGGAGGAAAGUCAACAAUCUCUUCAAAGUCGUCUGACAUGUUCAGGAUCUUCUUAUCAGAGAAAGUGCUCAAAUCAUGUUCCUCUCAGACUGAGUGGAGGUAAGGGCCGGUGCUCCACUGAGGGCUGA